AUGUCGCCCGCACUCGUUGAAUCUCCGUUGAACGUGGGGCCAGGUGAGUUGGGUGGCUCGGGCCGUGCCAGUCCCAUGGUAGAGGCCGCUCCCUCCAAUGGACACAAUCCCGGGCCCGCGACGCCUUCUAUCAUACCCGUACCAGUGGAAGAUGCGCCUCAAAUUUCAUUCGAGGAUUUUGCCACUCGUUAUCACCAGAACCAGCGCAAGCAGGCCCAAAGGAAGCGAUUGGAGAAGCGCCUGCGUGCCACCAAGGUGUCCAUUGGCGUCUCUGCGCGUAUGGUUCGUGUCGGGCUGACUGCACAGCGAGGUCUCGUUGAAGCUCUCCGCCAUGAUGACAAGGCCAGUUUCGUUGCUCUCUACCAUACACUCCAAGAUCUCCAGGAAUCGUGCUCUUCACCUGCUCCCAACGAUGGCCAGACAGACUCCGUGGACGGGGAGCCAUCCUUAGGAACUGACAUUGGCCGUUUCCCGGAUUUCCUUCAUCAACUGAGCCCUCAGUCCCGGACGGACUUUUUGGAGAUUUUGCGGCUGGUCCGCUCUGAUCCCCAGUUUUUGGUUGACCGGUUACAAAGCCUGUCUUCGUCCCAAUUGGCUGCUUUUACUUCUCCUGCCACGGCUUUGGAUACAAAUGAUCCCGCGUUCCCUUCCACCUCCCGGGCUCGGGCUCAGACUUUCUUAAGCAGGAGCCAGACUCAAUCCACUGCCUUCAAGGACCACGCAUAUGCCUUUGAGAGGACUGACCCACUAUCUAUACUUCUUUUUAACGUUUUUGCCGCUCCAUUGGAUCCAGAGACGCCUGAAUCCCGCUUGCGCAUGGAAGUCUGGUCGUCCGUCUGCGCUCAACUAAUCUCCAACGGAAGUAAUAGAUACUAUCCUCUUAUCGGCCAGAUCCUUUCUUCUUGGACCACCGGCAGCACUUGGAAAGCCCGCCCCAAAUUUGAACUAUACCUAAUGGACAUUUUACAAACCGGUGCUUUUCUCCUAGAGCCUAUAGCCACACCACCCGGACUGGAUUUUGCCAUGGACUCCUUGGACCCCAUGCGAACGGAUGUUGCAGAGGAAUUCUUUGCUUCUGCCGUGGAUGACCUGUUUCGUGUACUUGAUGACCCGGACGGCGGCUUUCCUCACGCCGUGCUACAGUUUGCAAGGGCCGUUUUGCGGAAGUUGGAUAACCCCGAGACCCGCAGUCGCUUCUUGGAGUUUUUGUUCCUCCAAUGGUUCUUUUCAAAGUUCCUCUAUCGCGCAUUGACAUAUCCUGAGACCCACGGUCUUCUCCUAGACUUCCAUAUCAGAAAGGAUGCCCGCGAGAAAUUGCUGAACCAGGUUGGGCACCGUGCCUACGCUCAAGUCUUUGCUGUUUUGCGUUCAAUGCAUCAUUUCUCAAUCCCUCGUCCGAUAAUCAAAGGCCGUGUCGAAAAAAUGCUUUCACGGUUCCAUGACACAAUGCCGUCGGAGGUAUCGAUUGACCCUUCUAUUACCGUUUCACAGGCACCACUUCCUCAUCGACGAAAGUCUCCUUCAACUUUCCUGAUGAUGUCUGCUCUGGAUGUUCUCACGCUCCUAGACACUCUCUUCCAACAGGCGCCUUCUUCUUUGCAUUCCUCACCAGCCUCUGCAGGUGUUCAUUCUUGGCCCUCUAGUCCACCACCAUCUGUCAACCUACGGCCAGAUUCACUUAUGGACUCUGGAUUCGCUCGUUUCAAGCACGACUCAAGUUCAAAACCUACAUCACAUAAUGGUUCCAUAUUCUCAGUGGAAGCUCAUUCUAUUUUAGCAGCAGAAAAUAGCCUAUCUGAAAAGGCCGCUCGCAUUCGAUUCGAGCUAACCGAUUUAGAUCAUCCUAAUGAGCGGCUGAGCUUAGAGCACCCCUCAGACGAGCAUUGGACCAUUUUCUCAGUUGCAGCAGACGGCCAUGGCUUAACUUGGAGCCUCCUUCCUGAUAGCAGAUAUGAAAUGUCCAAAGGCCCGAUAAUUGAAAGUGAAGAUGACGCGCACUCCACGACGCUAGGACUGGAGGAGAAUCAUGAAGCAUUACAGACAGCGAUCGUUCGACUUGUUAAGGAGAACCGCAUUCAAGACGCCGGCGACUAUGGGUUCCCUUCACAGAAAACUACGCAACCAGCCGCCAUGUCCUUGAAGCAGCGGUUCAACGAAGCGAUGUUCUGCUGCCAUCAUGAUUCCGAUUUUGUUGGUGCACACUACUGGUGGAAUGCUUCACAGCAGCUCGGGCAACGAGGAACACCUAGCUCAUCGAGAACGACAGACGAUUCAUGGAUCCUGGGCCCGAUGCAUGAUAAUUAUAGCCAUUCACUGAUCCAAUCACGAGCUGUCAUUGAGCGUUGCGAGAGUGACUUUGUGUCUCUCGAUCACAGUCUCCGCCGACUCCAAACUCAAGUCAAAGACCUGACGGCCACAUUUUGCAAGAUCCGAGACAAGAUGUGGUACAUGAACGACGUCAAGAACUCCAUCAGAUAUGAGGAGGCUAAGCAUGUGGCUAUGGCUUUGAAAACGAUGAUCUACUCAGCCCGACUCUUCAACCAGUUCCCAGAAGAACAGCGUUCUCGCUACGGAGCAAAGUCUUUGGGUGGCUCCUUGUUCCAGAAACCAGAAGUGCAAGUUAUGAACAUGAUGAAGGCGCCCAGUAGCCAAGGUGGACCGAAUAAGUUGUCUGACGAGCAAGUCGAGCUGACUCAGAAAUGGUUGUCGCACAACGGAAUCGACAAUUUCUGCAAGGGUGAAGAAAGAAUUCAUCGAUUCUGUUACGAGGUCCGGAUGAGCAUCAAUAAACUGGUGGGUGAAACGAUGACCGAGACGCCGGUGUUAUGGGCAAGUGAGCUUUUCCAGAGGGAACGCUCAAAAUUUGAGGGUUACGGCUCUCGCACAUUCCCAGGAAUGUCCAUGCCUAGCACUCCUCGGCCCUCAACGACCACAAGCGAGGACACAAAUUCUGCUUCUCACUUCUAUGGCGCCAAUAUGUCUAUGCCCGAUCCUAUGUCUCGACUUUCUCAAGAUACCCCGUCAUUGGGUCGCAAGCCCUCCAUCCAAAGCAUAAUCUCUGAUAAAUGGAGGCCUCAGCGUGAUUUACACUCGAUUGACAUGUCUUCUCUCGGAGGUUCACCCGGUCGUGCUGCUUCGACAUCUACCGGUGAUACCUACAGUACAUUCUGGUCUGCACCCCAGCGGCACCCUAUGUAUGCCGCAAGCGCGUCGAGCGCGUACUCGCGACCCCCAUCUAUGUUCAGUGAGACCGUAACCCGCCAGCCCCGUCGUGUUGAACGCAAAACACACGGGAAGACGGUAUUCAUGGAUGGCUUGAGACAGACACUGACUAGUCUGCUUUUGAGCGACUUGGGCUCUCCUGUAUGGAGUUGUGGUAGUGAAACCGACGCCUGGUUCACCAAUGCGCUGGACCAGAAACGCAUUCAGGUGGAAAUGCGACGACGAGCUGCUGUGCAGAAAUUCUACGUCGAUUAUGAAGAGCGCUCCAAGCAUCUCGGUCAGCAACGUGGUUCAUUAAAAGGUCGCCGGAGCAGGUCUCUGGACAACCUGCGUGUAUCUCAACACAAAGCUCCUCGUGUGGAGGCCUCGUCGCAGCUACCGGAAGCAUUUGAGGAAUCGGACGGGCAGUCGGCAUUUUCAUACAAGGCAGUCUUCCACCGGCUGAUCGAAGUGUUCUCGCGUCAUGGAAAUCCAUUUGUAAAGCUCAACGCGUUGCGGGACUUGCGGUCGUUGGUGGUUGCGUCGCUCAUUUCGCCACAAGAUGCCAAUUCCCCUACUACUCUCAGCUCUUCCCCGGGAGAAGGUGACAGGAUGCGGAGCAGUCCACAACUCCACCGGGCCACUCGCCACAGUUUCUCAGAGGUGCGGCCCAACAACCCUCCACAGAUGGACCCAGUACUACCUUCUUCCCCUCCCGAGUCAGUCACAUAUGGAUCCCGACGAUCGGACUAUUCCACCCCGGAGGAAGCACAAAUCGUAGCAACCUUGCGCGAUCUGAUUCUAGAAGUGAAGCCGAAGACCCUUUUCAGGGACCUGCAGUUUAUCUCAGCAUUCGUCCCAGGAGAUCAGCUAAACAAGACGGACCGCGGGACAGCGUUCCUCCAAUUUGGUCUGGCCGCACUAAGCCUCAAAGAAGAGAUCUGCCACAGCAUGGUCGAGAUCGCCGACCGAAUCGUCUUCCAGGAGCUAUCCCGUCGCCAUCCUCCCUUCGCCUCGGACUUCCAAUCCCGCCCCGGCCAUGCUAUCCAAGAUGCAGCGGGAAUGUGGAUCAUCACUGCUAAAGAGGGAAACCCAGUCGCACAGCGCGAACUUGCUAUCCUUUAUCUGACUCAUCCGGAGCUUCUCCCACGCGUGACACUCCCUCUGACCCUCCCGCGGGAUACAUUCAAGGCGGAGAUGAUGUAUCGACGAGACAAGGACUCUAAAUCGGACCCACAGAGUAUGUGUCUGGCGCUGCACUGGAUGCAGCUGUCGGCCAGUGGUGGUGAUACUCUUGCUCGGAACAGACUUCGUGAGCGUGAGGAGUUUGACUCCAUUGCAUGA